UUCAGUUGGUGUAAAAGGGGGAGGACACAAUAGUCUAACCAUAUAAUCCUAAUGUCAUGUAAACAAAAAAAACAAGCCGUUAAUCAAUGUUAAAGAUGACGUCCAAAAGAUAAUCCAUUGAUGUGUUUAUUUACUCCAUACACCACACAAGGAAGUAUGGGUCGUAUACAAAGUAGGAAGGAAACGUACGUCAAGUGCUGUUAUAUUUCAUCCUAUUUAAUCAGCUUUCAUUUAUCAUUAUUCUCACCAUCAGAUUUAUAAAACUACUUAGGGAUGGAGGUCAACACUACUCGAGGCUUUUUAACAACCAGCUCAUAUCAACUAAAUACAACAGACAGUACCAAUCUCGUGGAACUAGAUCUCCAGAAUUUCUUAAACAACGACAUUCCAGUAACGUCUAUUCUAAGUGUUCUUUCGUUACUUGGAGUUAUCGGGAAUCUCCAUGCUAUUGUCAUAUUUCGUAGGUACCCAGUAUCUCCUGUUACAAUUCUAAUACUAUGGAUGGUUGUAGUUGAUUUCGUCACGUGUUUCGUCUGUAUUCCUCUAGAACUGGUGCAGAUACGCUUCAAAUACACAUAUCCAUCAAAUGUGUUAUGCAAAUUUACUCGUUUUCUUACUAAUUAUACGAGUUUUACAGCUGGUGUCUUACUAAUAAUAAUAUCAGUUGAACGACGACAAAAAAUAUGCGCGCCAUUCCAGUGGCAGUUAUCCCUUGAAAGAGCGAAAAUAUUAGGAAUAAUUGUUAUUAUCGUAUGUGCUUUUAUGUCUAUACCGUCAAUCUUUUUAUAUGGCUUUUCAGAACAAGGUGUGAAUUAUGAAAAAACGUUUGAUAAAGGUUGUACAUUUCUUAAAGGAAAGCAAACAUCGAUGCCAACAACCUACGCCAUAUUGGUUUUGGUCAUCUGCUUAUUUGGAUUCAUCACAUGCGCUGUCGCUUAUAUUCAGAUUGUCAAUGUAAUACGAAAACAACUUCGGGCAGAAAAGAACAGAACGACACAGUAUUUAGACGGAAUGUCUAACAAUGAAGAACCAUCAUCCCCUGGGCCAAGGACCAGAUCAGAGAGCCUUACUCCAGAAGCUUGGGACCAAUUCACUUCCACAAUACAAAGAAGAAAGACGCGACAAAAGCGCUACAAAGACUCGAGAACUAUGACUAUUAUGCUAUUGAUAGCAACCGGUGUGUCUUUCGCUGGUUUCAUUCUACAUGUCUCUGCUGUUAUCCUACGAAUAACAAUAAAACCUUACGCAUUAGAAGGCGUCCGGUCAAUAUAUUCUGUUUUAGUUAGAGGCUAUUAUUUACAUAGUUCUGUUCAUCCAAUUAUUUACUUCAUUGUGGACCAACGAUUUAGGACUGAAUGUAAAAAGUUUUAUAGAAGUAUUGUAAUGUCAUGUUCUGCUGGUAAAGAGUAACAUUUUUAAAA